AGGGGAGACUGCGACCUGAACGCAGCGCCUUAGACCGCUCGGCCAUCCUGACAUGUCCUAACGAUGUAUAAUAUAAUUAUAAUAACUUACGCUGUCUAUGUCAGGGUGGACAACUUUUUAUGAUAUUUUUGUUUUCGUGUUAUAUACGUUUCCAUUACCGCCCUCUCCACGAACGGCACUUACGUAACAUAUCGUUAUUGCUCGCUAGCCGAAGUGUUAAUGUAAAAGGCUUCGACUGUGGACUGACUCCUUCAGCUUUGCUAGCAAUAGCCCAAGUUAGCUACAUUUUUAGCAGAUACCACUAGCUUCAAGACGGGAAAAAGAACAUGGCCUCCUUUCCGCCACACUUCUCCUGGGUCGAACCUGCCAAACUGGCUGGACUGGCACUUCCCAGGAUGACAUGUGAAUACCAGUAUCUGCUGGACAAUGGGAUCAAACAUUUAGUUUGCCUGUGUGAGAGGAAGCCACCUUAUUAUGACAGUUGCCCAGAGUUGCAACUGCACCACAUCAAAAUAGCCGACUUCACUCCUCCAUCCCCAAACCAGAUUGACAGGUUCCUCUCUAUUGUGGAAGUGGCCAAUUCCAAGGGAGAGGGUGUAGGCGUUCACUGCAUGCAUGGUUUUGGGAGGACGGGGACUAUGCUGGCCUGCUACCUGGUGAAGACAAGGAAGAUCUCAGGAAUUGAAGCCAUUAAUGAGAUCCGCAGAAUACGGAGAGGCUCAAUCGAAACUCACGAACAAGAAAAAGCAGUCAUGCAGUUUUAUCAGCGUACAAAGUAACACAGCGAUGAUUACAACACCACCACGUAAUAGGAUAUUUUUAAAUAAGCGUAACUGAAGAAUUGAAGUUGGUUCGUGUGAAAGGAGAGAGUUUUUAAAAAGAGUAAACAGAAUGAAUUAUAAUAGAGAAGUCAAAUAUGAAACAACCCCAGGUCAUUUGUCAAAGACAAACAUUUUCAUACGCAACCUUUAUAAUAUUACACUUUUGUUAACUUGUAAUAUCUGCUUUUCUUUGGGCGCAUUUCUGAGUUUUCUCCUCCUGGUUUACAAGGAAAAACAAUGUUAAUAGCAGAAAGACUUGGGUUUUUAUUGCUCAUGGUUGUUUAUGCGAACACAAACCCAUGGUCUGUUAUAGCAAGAAACUCCACCUUACAGUCAGAGUAUUUUAUUUUGUCAGGUUUUUUUUUCCCCAAACACGUAAUAUAAACUGAUAUAACAUGCGGCAGUUUUAGGGAAUUUACUAAAGUAAUAAAGCAAAAGAUGUUUUGAAUUAUUUAGACUCAGGCAGAUUUUCCUGUGACAAGUUACAGGAAUAUGUCUUGGAACAAAACAAGGUUUUUGCUUUUUUUUUUUUAUUUUGUUUGGUUGUAUUUGGGUCGGUUUCAGUGUUUUCUUUAAGCAUUAAAAAAACAAACUGAAACAUCAUGUUGUCAUUGUCUUCAACAGGUCUGUUGUUUUGAUCUGUAAAAUGUGGAAAUGCAAUGAAAAUAAAAUCUUAUUGAAUGGAAAAUGCC